CAUUCUCUACUUGUUCUCUACGUUCUUUUCUCCUUGUGUGACUACAUGCGCAUGCGUACAAGCUAUUCCACACAACAAACAGGUAUCGAGGAAUUUGUGCACUUUCUAGUCAUUGGUGUCAAGCUGUGUAUUAACCCAACACUUGUUCGAUAUUCAUCCCUUGAAGCGAACCGCCAUUAUGAAUUCGCUCAUGAACUACGGCAGUGACGGCGAAAACAGCAACGAUUCUAAUGAUCCUAAGAUAUCAACUAUAACCAACAAUAUUAGUAUGAACAACAAGAAAGCAUGCGAUGCUAUCUACGAUUCUGUUCCAAUGGAUAUGAGUGAGGACAGCAACAAUAAUGACUCUUCAGAUGAUUCAAAUCAAGGGAAAACACCACCACUUAGGCCAAAUACAUCUCAUCAAAUAGAAUUCACAAAAACCAGCUCAUCAUUUUCAGACCAGAGGCGAACCAAUCACGAAGAGCGUACUUUACAUUCAAAUGAUAGUCACAAAUCAAAGUUUGAUGAAAUAAGAGCUGAAAGAUCUGAUAAAAGUAGCAAGCACAGUUCUGACAGAAAAGAUGAUGACAAAAGGCGAGGACAUGAUCACAAAGACAAAGAUACCAAAAAACACAGAGACGAUGAUAAAAAAUAUCGAGACGAUGACAAAAAAUCACGAGAUGAUGAAAGGAGAUCUCGAGACAGUGAUCGGCGAAAAGAAAAGUCUAGUAGAGACGAUGAUCGAAGCGAAAAAGGUCAUCGUGAUGAUCGAAGAGACAGAGAAAGAAAAGACGAUAGAGAAAGGAAGAGGGAUCGAGAUAGGGACAGAGAACGUGAGAGAGAUAGGGAUAGGGUGAGGGAUAGAAGCAGGGAUAGGGACAGGGAUAGACGCUACUCAAAGGAUGAGAAACAUAAUAAAGAUCGGCACAAGGAUGAUAAGCACUCCAGAGAUAAAGAACGUGGACGAUCUAGGUCCCGAUCGCGAUCGAAAGAAAGAGUAGCUCACAAACCAUUUAAUUUUAGAGAAGAAAGGAACAAAAGUAAACUUGCGCAAUUAGAAAAAUUAGGCAUCGAGCUGAAAGCUAAAGAUGGCGAGAAUCUCAUGACUGCUCAAGAACAGAAUUAUUAUAAUCCAUUAGCAACGGCAACUCAAGGAAAGUAUGCCGAACAAAUUCAAAAAAGGAAAUUAUUAUGGGCAAAUAAGAAAACUGAUGACACUAAGACUCCUACAGCUGCAGUAUCUACGGCAAACACUUGGGUUGGCACGACUUUUACUCAUGACCAAGAUGGCAAAGUGACGGCCAAAUUCAAAAGGCUUAUGGGAAUUAAAGAAGAUACACCCACGCCGAUAACCCCUGGUACGAAACCUGACAUUUUAAAGAAACAAGAAGAGAUGUUUCACAACAUGGAACAUCAAUAUGAAGUGGCUCGCGCAACAACACAUACUCAAAGAGGAGUGGGACUUGGUUAUUCUAGUGGAACUUUUACAUUUCCGCGAUAAGAUUGUACACUUUCAUUCUUAUAUGUUUGUAUAGAACUUUUUUCAACAUCAAUUGUAUUGUAUGUAUUCCUUGAGUUUCAAUUAGCUCAAAAUCUCAAAUCAUUUGCAAAUUUUGAGAUGAGUUUAGUUGUCGCGAAAGACAAAAAAUGCUUUAUAUUAUUUAUAAAACUUAUAGUUUUCUUAAUAACACUUCGACAUUACAAAUAAUUUUUAAAUCAAAUGUUUUUACUUCAAUAAGAGGAUCCUUGAAGCAUUUCUAAAGGUCAUAUCAAGUUUUUAUUUGCUAUAAAUACAUGUACUAUUCCUAAUUAAUUAAAGAUAUUAUUUAGUUUGUUUGAAAAUUAAGGUUUUGAAAAUGUAAAAAUUAAAUGUAAUAGUGUUUU